GCCUCGACACUCUGCCCUGCGCGCUCGCCCGGGCCUCCCGCCUAUGGGGCCCUGCAGGGACCCCGGCCCGCUGCCCCCCGAGUCAGAGGCGCCCCCCCAGCCCCCCAAGCGGAGGAAGAAGCGGUACCUGCGGCAUGACAAGCCGCCCUACACCUAUCUGGCCAUGAUCGCCCUGGUGAUCCAGGCCGCGCCCUCGCGCAGGCUCAAGUUGGCGCAGAUCAUCCGGCAAGUGCAGGCCGUGUUCCCCUUCUUCAAGGGCGACUACGAGGGUUGGAAGGACUCCAUCCGCCACAACCUUUCCUCCAACCCGUGCUUCCGCAAGGUGCCCAAGGACCCUUCGAAGCCCCAGGCCAAAGGCAACUUCUGGGCCGUGGACGUGAGCCUGAUCCCAGCCGACGCGCUGCGCCUGCAGAACACGGCCCUGUGCAGGCGCUGGCAGAGCCACGGCAUGCGCAGGGCCUUCGCCAAGGACCUGGGCCCCUACGUGCUGCAGGGCCGGCCCUACCGGCCGCCCAGCCCGCCGCCCCCGCCCCGCGAAAGCUUCAGUAUCAAGUCCCUGCUCGGGGACCCAGGGGAGGCUCCCACCGGGCCUGCACCAGGCAGCCCGACGCCAGCAGGGGCCAGGUGCUGGGGCGAGGAGCCGGUACCCACUGCACCGCCCCCCUCCUCCGAGAGGUUUCCGUGGCCACAGCACCCCCUCCCCAGGCCUACCCGUGCGGAAGAGAGGGAGACAUCCCAGAGGGCUGUCCUGGGAACCUCUCCCCUCACCCCAGAGCCCAGGGCCUGGCCAGUCCAUUUACUGCAGGGUCCCCCAGAGCCUGGGGCCCUGCCCAGAGGGAGUCCUGCAGCCUCGCUGUGGGGGCAGCUGCCCACCUCCUAUCUGCCCAUUUACACGCCCAACGUGGUCAUGCCUGUGACCUCACUGCCAGCCACCUCCUGUCUCCAGUGCCCACCCUCCAGCAGCCCAGCCUACUGGGGUGUGGCCUCUGAGACGCGAGGUCCCUCAGGGCUGCUCUGGGACCUGGAUGCCCUCUUCCAGGGGGUACCACCUAAUAAGAGCAUCUAUGAUGCCUGGGUCAGCCAUCCCCGGGACCCAGCCGCCUCUGCUCCAGGCUGGCGGCUGUCCUGGUACAGCCUGUGAGGGUCCUGGGGCAGGAGCUGCCUAGCCUCACCACACUAGCCUGUGGCCACCCCCCAGCCUCCACGUGUAAAGAAUCCACGUUGCGGGUCAGGCCUGUUUUAU